AUGUUUGCCAAAACUGUGGAUGAGCACGAGGCAGUGUUUGCCCUUCAUGAAGAUCACCGCGCGGUGUGUCAAGUUGAGCUGGAGAUGCCCAACACUCAUUCUCAGUGGCGAGCUUACCGACGUGAUGAACGUGCCUGGGCGGCGCAGAUGCUUCGGAAAAGCGAGGUUCGGUGGUCGGCUCUCAGUGCCGCGCAAAAAGAGGAGUUCGAGACGGCGAAAAUGCUGGAGGUGGACCAGUGGCUUCAGGCGGAGGCGACCAAGGCCAUCCAGGGACAUGUUGAUCCUCAGCGGGUUGUUCGAAUGCGCUGGGUAUUAACAUGGAAGGACAGCGGGGCCGCGAAGGCCCGCAUAGUCCUAAUCGGCUUUGAAGAUCCGGAUUUGGACACCCUCGUUUCUUCAUCGCCGACGAUGUGCCGGAGGACGCGACAGUUGGCCCUGCAGUUCGCUGCGCAGAAGGGAUGGAAGUGCCUUAAGGCGGACAUCAAGGCAGCGUUCCUCCAGGGGCCUGCGAGCCAAGAGGCCCGGAACUUGUUCGCUGUUCCGGUGCCCGAACUGUCGCGGGCGAUGGGACUACCCAUCAAUCAGGCCGUGCAAGUACGCAAAGCCGCGUACGGCUUAGUUAAUGCACCGGCCGAGUUCUACAAGGCAGCGCGGGAUUGUCUUCUUAGCCUAGGAUUUUCUCCUAUGGUCACUGAGCCGUGUGGAUGGGUCUUUAAGGUCUGGGACUCCACCCUGAACAAGUACGUGACCCAAGGUAUCAUUACCAGCCACGUCGAUGAUUUUAUUGUAUGUGGUAAUGAGCAAUGUCCAGAAUGGAACACAGCCUUGCACUCCUUCUACGACCGUUUUAGAUGGUCGCCGUGGGAACACACCGCCUUCUCCCACUGUGGCAUUGACAUCCGUGAAUGCCAGGAUGGUUCGAAGAUCCUUGACCACAGCCGCUUCUGUGAGACCCUGGAGCAGAUUCCUGUCUAUGCCGACCGGUCCGACAAGGAGGAAGCUUCCGACAAGGAGAAGAGCCAACUCCCGAACCUGUCUGUGCGCAUCAACUGCCUGCCUGGCGUGGACGUCGAAGAGGAGGACAUAAUUGCGGCCACAACUCCAGGUAUGCUGGAAGGUGAGGCAGCUCCUUUGUCCUUUAUGUCCUGGCGGUCUGGAAAGCUUCAGCGCGUGGCUCGUUCCUCGCUGGCGGCAGAAGUGCAGGCCUUCGGUGAAGGUGAAGAAGAGCUCAUGUACACACGUCUUUGCUGGGCUGAGCUGUGCGGGCAAACAGUGGCUCCUGGUGCCUUUGAGUCUGCUUUACGGCAAGUCCCAGGUGUCAUGGUUACUGACGCCAAAAACUUGUACGAUGUGGUGCGCAAGGGCGAGCUCAACACAGCUGGUCUUGGCCUGCGAGAUAAGUACUCUACUUUGGAGAUGCUUUCAAUCCUCGAGCGCCUGGAAAGAGGCAGAACCACGACGCGGUGGGUGAAUUCUGACGCCCAACUUGCUGAUGCUCUCACGAAACCGAAGGUUUCAUCUGCCCUGCAUAAAGUCCUUCAUGAACAAACUUGGACGCUGGUGUAUGACGAGAGGUUUACAUCAGCUAAGAAAGUUCGCAAGGGUAUGGAUGCUUAG